AUGAACUUUCCCUUCAAACGCAGAUCCCGCCUGGUUCUGAUACUGUUGUUCAGUUGCUGUUGGAGUCUCUAUACCCACCAUCUCACAGUCGAUAGCCACUGUCCGUCGCUUCGGAGCGCUGUUGCUUCGCGGCCGGGAAGGCAAGAAGUCCUGGAGCAUAAUCCCUGCAGGAAGUCUGAUGCCUUGGUAGUUAUCACCAAGAAUGACGAAUCUGUGCCUCCUUAG